AAUCGACGAAAGGUCCAAUAUUUGCUAAAAUAUGUCGGGAACGACACACCCGAAUGGACGGAUUUUGCAAACUGCAAAACUGCAGGUCCCUCAUUAGGGAAUUUCUACGUAAUUUAAGGGCUGCUACAGUGGAACAGGCCGGACCAGCCGAUGUCAACGGUGAGGUAGAGCUGGACGGCGAAGCCUUGCUAUAUUGCGAGGCUUUGCUGGCCAGCGAAGCUUCACCAUUAAGCAUCGGCGAUUCGGCCGGGGAACCUGAGCAGGUGUCUGAUGGACAAGAUGCUCCUUUCGAACAACCUGACAUCUUGCUACCAGUUGUGGUUCCACCGGCCAUCUUGCCGCCGGCCGUGGUUCCACCGGCCAUCUUGCCGCCCGGCCGUCGUGUCACCAAUGGCAUCCAAUCAUGCGGUAAGAUUUUUUUGUAUAUAUUUAUUUUAAUUUUUCUAAUUAAUCUUUUAAUUUAUCUAUUUCCAGGAACAACCAUCUAAGAAAAAAAAAAAGGUGCAAAAGAAGCGCCGAAAACCGAUUAAGGCAUAUUCAGUGCAUAAAAGUAAGAAGAAAUUAUAUAAAAUAAACUAAUUAUAUCUAAUUUCAUUUUUUUUAGUGUAAAAAGAGGGGACAUAAAUUGAACGAAUGCCCUAAUUAAUGU